AUGGAGCCCGCGUCCACCGCCUUUGUCGUCUACCGCCCGGACAUCCGCGCGGGCGAGCGCCAGGUGUUCACCGCCGCCGUACCGACCGAGCUCGACCGCAAGCUCACCCCCGCGGUGGACAAGUACGGCGUCCCCAAGCCCCCCGCCCAGCUCCUCGAGAGCUUCGAGGCCCUCAAGCUCUCGCUCCGUAUCUGGAGCGACGUCACUGCCGCGCACAACACCGUCCGGCAGAACAUUCUCGAGCAGCUCGGCCGCUCGACCAUUCCGGCCCUCGGUCCCAAGCUCAAGGACCUGAAGAGCUUUGUGCAGCAGCUCGAGUACACCCUCAAGUCGCUGGCCAUCACUCGCCAGUCGGAAGUCGGCCACCGUGACGCCUUCUACCGCGCGGUGGCGAUCGCCUCCUGCGGUCACACGGGCAAGCGCACCGACUCCGGUGCACCACUUCCUCUUUGUGAGGUGUACAAGAGUGAUGGCUACGGCAAGGGAGACGGCGUUGUCGAGGCCCUUACCCUCGAUGACCAGCUCGCGCUUUCGGUCAUCUACUACAUGUUCCUCGAGGUCGACCUCGAGCGCAUUGUCGACCGGUGCCCAGCGAUCAUCACGCAGAGGCCCGAGGUUGCCUCACUCAUCAAGAGACUCAACGACGCGUUCACCCUUGCCUCCCGUCCUUUCAAGCCCACGAUCUUCAACACCCACACCCGCAACGUUCCGAAGCACCGCCACAGGCUUGCCGACAGCCUCAUGGGGGACGCCGUCCUUAAUGGCAAGACUUACGUGCGAGUGGUGACGGGGGAGUGCGAUUAG